CACGCGAAGGGGCGGGGACGGAAAGUCGUAAACGCUCACGUUGUUGGUACCAACAGGUGAGCUUCACUCUCGCUGUGGAUCGGGGGAAACAUGGGGAAACUGCAGGAGUUUGAGAUCAAGUUUGACAACAACAAAGUGGUGUACACUCCGGGUGAGUCUAUCUCUGGAACCGUGAGAUUCAAACUGGGACAGCCGCUGCAGUGUAAAGCAAUCAAAGUGAACUGCAAUGGUUUCUGUGGCAUCACCAGUAAGAUAAAUGAGACGGCAUGGUCUGAGGAGGAGCAGUACUUCAACAAUACAAUCUCUGUUGCAGACAAAGGAACUCUGAAACAAGGAGACCAAACGUAUCCCUUCAAGUUUCUCAUACCAGCCUCUGCUCCGACAUCUUUUGAAGGUAACUAUGGUAGGAUCAUUUACAGAGUGAGAGCUUUCAUUGAUACGCCACGAUUCACCAAGGACUACAACACAGAGAAACCUUUCUACCUGCUAAGCCUUCUUAACCUGAAUGAAGUGCCAGACAUAUGGGGAAGCUGUUCAUCUGCAGUGACGCAGCAGUUCUCCUACAUGCUGAUGAAAACUGGCACAGUGGUCAUGAAGGCCCAGACCGACAUGAAGGGUUACACACCAGGCCAGAUCAUCCAGGUGUUGACCAACAUCCACAACCAGUCUGGAAAGACCACAGGCAACAUGGCGGCCAGCCUGAUGCAGAGAGUGACCUAUGAGACGAAGAGGCCCACCUAUGAUGUGAGGACAAUAGCAUCGGUGGAGGGUGGUGUGGUGAAGGCUGGCAAGGAGUUGGAGUGGAAGGAGCAGAUCAUUGUUCCUCCUCUCCCUCAGUCUUCACUCGCUGGCUGUGAACUUAUAAAGAUUGAAUAUUAUAUCAAAGUCGGUCUAAAGUCUCCAGACGUCAUGGUGACGUUACCUAUUCACAUCGGGAACGUCUCCCUAGACAAAAAACUGCAGCCUUGCAAUAAAGCAGCUGCUCCCUCCUCUGCCACAGCUGAAGGCAAACCGGCAUCUGCCUCUAUGCUUGACACCACCAUCGCCACCACCCCCACCCUACCCCCUCGCCCUGCCCCAAAACCCGCUCCCCGCCCCAUCCCUCGCUCCAGGACGUCCUCGCAUAAUUCCCCCAGUGCUCCUUCCGCUGACUACCACCAGGGAGCAGAGGGUGGGACACCGAUGAAUGAUGGCUUCCCCAACAAGCGGCAGUCUCAGCUGGUGUCACCCCACGCUUUCAGCUAUGCUCCCGGCCUCUUUUUCCCUCACAACCAGCAGCCCACUGGGCCCAGCACUGUACCCUGUGGGCCUAUGUUCAGUGGGUCCACAGGGGCUACAGCCCCUUACCCCACUGAGAACAGUGCUAGCUCAAUGCCGACCCCACUCAUCCUGCCUCCGGAUUACGUCACCUCAGCAUAUCCACAAGAGGCACCUCCUUCUUAUGAUGCGACCUGCAACACAUGAAGUGGAUACAGAACCAACAACCUUCCACCAGAUUGGCGAUCAGUUCCCUCUGAUGUCAAACUAAAUGCUGUCCUGCCAUUAAAGAAAAAAAUUGUGACUUAGCAUAAAUGAUUGCAAGACACAGGAAACCUAAUGUUACCUGGUAUCAUGAGGGUGUUUUAGCUUUUGAUAAUGUAACGCUGCUGCCCAAUGAAGUACCCUCACUAAUCCAACGGGAGUUAUUCUCUCCAUUUAAACAAAUCAAUAUCUGUCCUUUGUUUGGUAUUAAGUUAAAUAAAGGACAAGGGGAAUUGCACAAUUUAUUUUUGCUGUUUUUGUACGUUAACAGGAGUUGUUCUUAGUUGUGACUCAUUUAGAAAUCCCUCAGAUGGCAUCUGUGAUGUCAAGGUUAAACGUUUUAUGUAUGAAAGCCUGUGCAAAACAAACCAUCUCAUCUGGUGUUUUGUCUAAUAUUCUCAAAUAAGGAUUUUUUUUGUUUUUAUUAAAAACAAGUGAAAUCAUCUUCAUUAUUCUGGCAUAUUUUCCAUUUAGUUUGAAAUGUAAGACUAUAUUAAACUUUGUUUAGAAAGAUGCCUUUUAAAUGUUAUGAUAA